CAAGUAAAUUCUGGUGGAAACGUUUUUCACGGGGAAACGAGCAAAAUAGAUCUUGCAUGAAUCUCGAGAAAAAUCAAAAGGAUAAUUGUAUUAGUUUAGGGUAAUAAUUUAAACAAACUCAUGACCAUGACGUGAGAUCCAUCUACAUAGGGACAUGUAUGUACAAAUUAUACAGAACAAACGAGAGUUACGUGUAGCUCAAGCGAAAACCCAGCAAAUCAAAACUGCCCAACACUUUUUUACUUUCUCCACUCUCUCCAUCUCAAAGUGCUCACCUUAGUCGUUAGUUUGGUACGAGGAAGGGGUAAAUCGAGCUACUUGUUGUUGGGUUUCACACAUAGUGUUGCUAUUUCCUACAGGACUAGGACUAGGAAGAAGGGUCACGCGAUUUGUUUGUGGCUUUAUCAUGUCACUAGUUUUGUUGUUCUGAGAGUUUGUGAUUGUGGAUGGGGCUUGGUCUCAAAAGGAGGAAGAAGAAAGGAGAAGAAGGAGAGAUGAUGCGCAAGUCUUUCAAGGAUUCCCUCAAAGCUCUUGAAGCUGACAUUCACUUUGCCAACACACUAGCUUCUGAGUAUCCAAGUGGUGGUGCUUGCUUCCAAAUGAGAUUGUCCUACAGCCCAGCUGCUCAAUUCUUCCUUUUUCUGGUUCAGUGGACUGAUUGUCACCUUGCUGGAGCCUUAGGGUUGCUCAGAAUUCUUAUAUACAAGGCAUAUGAGGAUGGGAAGACAACCAUAUCCAUUUAUGAAAGAAAAGCCAGUCUAAAGGAGUUCUAUGGUAUGGUGUUUCCCUCUUUAUUGCAACUCCACAGAGGAAUCAGUGAUGUUGAAGACAGGAAACAAAAACAUCUGUGUGCUACCAAGUAUAAGCUUAAAGACUUGACAAGUAAAGGAAAGGUUUCUGAAAUUGACAUGGAGAGAGAAGAAGAGUGUGGUAUUUGUUUGGAGAUGAAUAGCAAGGUUGUAUUGCCCAAUUGCAAUCAUUCAAUGUGUAUGAAAUGCUACCAAGACUGGCACGCAAGAUCUCAAUCAUGUCCAUUCUGUCGAGACAGUCUCAAAAGAGUGAACUCAGAUGACCUUUGGAUCUACAUUAACAGAAGUGAGAUUAAUGACCCGGCUUCAAUCAACAAGGAGAAUUUGAAAAGACUAUUUAUGUACAUAGAAAAUUUGCCUCUCAUUGCCAGGCCCUAUAUUCACCAUGUCAUGUCGUCACCACUAGUGAUUGCCAAUUAGUAGAAAAGCUCAUUCAAACUCACUAAAUUUAAAUUUUUAUAUGAUUCUCAGUUUGUGCAGGAAUUUAUCCAUUUGUAAAUACAUGUUACAUUUUCAUCACA